UGCUGCUGGUGUGCUUUUGCAUCAAAGUAAGUUUGUUACUAAUUUGCUAUCUGAUUAUGCUUGUGAUGUUGCUUCUCUUGUGUUUUGUCCUUUGGAACUUCACAAGAAGUUGACUGCUGAUAUGGGGGAUCCCUUGGCUCAGCCUGAGUCUUAACGCAGUCUAGUGGGAAAAUUGAAUUUUUUGACCCACACUCGCCCAGAUCACUCUUUUGCUGUUCAGCAUUUAAGCCAGUACUUGCAGCAUCCUUGUGUGCCUCAUAUGCAAGCUGCUUUACAUCUUUUGCGUUACCUCAAAGGUUCUCCGGGUUUUGGUUUGUUUUUCAGUGACUCUCCUGAUCUAACUCUUCGAGUUUUUUGUGAUAGUGAUUGGGCGUCUUGCCCUGACAGUCGUUGUUCUGUUACUGGUUUUUGUGUCUUACUUGGUGAUAGUUUGAUCAGCUGGAAGUCCAAAAAGCAGCCUGUAGUUUCUCUUUCUUCUACGGAGUCUGAAUAUCUCUCGUUGAGUAAAGCUGUGGGAACCCGGUCUUCCAUGAACGCACGAAACACAUCUAAUUGGAUUGCCACUUUGUUCGUGCCAAGCUUAGUGCUGGACUGAUCAGUCUCCAUCACACUCCUAGAGCUUCUCAGCUAGCUGACAUCUUUACUAAGACUUUACCUGGUGCUGCUCAUCAUUCUCUUCUGCGCAAGUUGGGAGUUCUAUCACCCUCCAACUUGAGGGGGGGUGUUGACUCUAUAGAUCAUUGUGGAGUGGGCUAAUUAUUUUAUCCAUUCAUCUGUACAUAUUUUACAUUGGCCCAUCUAGUACAUAGGCCCAUUUUAUUUAUCCGAGUCUCUUAUUUUCGGAUCUUGUAUAUAUAUACUAAAAACCCAUGUUUGUAGGGUAAUGGGAAAAACAUUUUUCUGUAUGCACACAGAUUCAUAAUGAGAUGUUUUGCUCUCCAGCUCCUUCGAGAA